AUGGGAAAACAUUUAUUCCGAUCAUCGUCUCCUCCUCCUCCACCGGCGAAACCAAAGCCUCACCACACGCUCAGUCGUCCAUGCAUUGAUCACUUUCUCUUCUCCCCAACUAGUCACCAAGAAGCAGAGCAGUUCGUACGAGCCGUAAACAACUUGUAUAACUCAAUGCACCGUCUAGUCUCCGUUACACCGGAGUCAUUAGAGAAUCUUAACCGUGCACAAAACGUGAUGAAGACGGGGAUGAAGCUUCUCGCAUCAGAGUUCCGCCGUGUGUUAGAGGAGAAUAGAGAGUAUUUAGAUCCUGAAUGUGUAUCUUUACGUUCUUGGAACUCAUCAAGAUUCAGCGUUUCUACUCCGAGUACUGUCUCUGAUUCCAGUUGUACAGAUGAAGGCUACUUCGCCGACGAGCAUAGAUUCUCUGGUGGAGAUCCUAACGCCAUGGAUGAUCUGAAAAUGAUCGGUGAAUGUAUGAUUUCUACAGGACACGCCAACGAAUGCGUUAGGGUUUACAAAUCCGUACGUAAAUCUAUCGUGGACGAGACGCUACACAGUUUGGGAGUGGAGAAGUUAACUCUACAUCAGGUACAAAAACUGAACUGGGAGAUUCUUGAAACAAAGAUCAUAUCAUGGCUUCAAGGAGUGAAAUUAGCGGUUAGGUCUCUGUUUUACGGGGAAAAGAUCCUUGCGGAACACGUUUUCUCUAACUCCUCCAUCGCGGAUUCCUCUUUCACCGCGAGAUUAUUCAAGAAGGAGCUUUAA